AUGCAACUUGCACACGCAGCAUCUAGACACGAUGGCGACAUGGGCGCCGACGCACGGAACGGCCGCGACUCGAAAGUUCGCGGCCGCGACAUGAACGACGGCGGCCGCACUGCCAAACAGGUACGCUUGGACAAUGAUCAAGGCGCAGGCGUGGAUGCACAAACGCUUCAUUGGGCCUCUGCACCUCCUCCCGCUUAUGGAAACCCACACGAUCCGCACGGCACUGGUGCACAGCCGUCCCAGUAUGCUGCGCAUGGCCUGGAUCAGAGCGGCAUGCCGCUCGGGCACGCGGACCCCUCUUUUGACCCCUCCGCCUACGCAGACGACGUGCAGGUCGACGAUGGCGGCCGUAUGCAAGGACACGAUGGAUCCAAGUCACUCACGUCUGAAUCAACUGGCUUGGUCGGCGCGCGUGGCAAAACUGGCAUGACGCGCACACUCAGCACGAGCCGGCGCGCGGAGCAGAACCGCAACGCACAGCGCGUCUUCCGCGAACGCAAGAAUAAGUACAUUACUGAUCUCGAGAAUAAGGCGGCAUCUUUGGAGGGUGCAUUGCUUGCUGCAGAGGAGCACCGCCGCCGCUUUAACGACGCUCUCGAAACGAUCGAGAUUUUAAAGCGCGAUAACGACACGCUGCGUGUCGCGCUGCGUGCACUUGGCGGCCACCAGGCGGUUCCUAGCGCGCCUGCUCUUCCGCUCGAUCGCUCUGCUGCACACGCACAAGCUCUUUUGCCCGGCGCAUACGGUGCUGCAAGCUCUGCUCGUGGUCCUCAUGAUGCGCACGACCCGUCGCACGCACAAGGUCCUGGCCACGGCGCGCCUGGAGGUCUCAGCGAGCCGUCCGAAGGCCAAGACUCCGCCACUGCCGCCGCUGUUGCCGCCGCUGCGUCGGGCAGUGCGCCCUACUGGCUUCUGGAGGCAGUCUCGAACGCAAACCAGCAGCAUGGGUUUCCCGUCUCGGGCCACUUUCAACCGCCACUCGGCGACAAUAUGACCGGAAGUGCGCAGGCAACACACGCGCCGAUGCAGCACGGCGACGGAGGACUUCGCGGCACGCGUGGCCAGCAAGCUACGCAGCGCCACGACGGCAUGAUCGACCCAAGCCUCGACCAGAGCCGCAUGGGUGGACUUGAUGAAGGCGAAGAUACUCGCCAAGGCGCCCGCGUCGAUGACGGCAAGGCAGGGGAGAUGCACAACAACGGAAACCCGGACAGCCUUGCCUCGCUUAGUGCUGUCGCUGCGGCUGCAGCUGCGGCAAACUCGCAGAAGCAGUGA